UAUAUGCGUGUCAAUGCUUAUAAGCCAACACGGAGGUUCGUUAUAUUUCUUGUAUACACUGAUAAAGCGUUUGUGCGGAUGUGUGAAGACUUCUCACAAGUAGGCCAAUAUAUAUAUAGAGGACGAGAUUUCUGGAAGCACUGAGAGGUGAAGCAGUGUCGGUAAACGCUUAUAAACGCUCUGGUGGGAGGCGCAGGAAAGGACCGCUGGCAUGGAGGCUGUAGCGAAACAUGAUUUCGCGGCAAGUGCAGAUGAUGAGCUAAGUUUUAAAAAAGGAAGUAUUCUCAAGGUGCUCAAUAUGCAGGAUCCAAACUGGUUUAGAGCAGAAUUAGAAGGCCGUGAUGGAAUGGUCCCAAGUAAUUAUAUUUCACUUAAACCACAUUCAUGGUUCAGCGGAAAGAUACAACGAUUAAAAGCGGAGUCUUUGCUUCUUGGUCAAGGGCACGACGGCGCGUUUUUGAUACGGGAGAGCGAGUCGACGCCAGGAGAUUUCUCUCUUUCUGUCAAGUUUCAGGGAGCAGUACAGCACUUCAAAGUUCUACGAGACGGGGCCGGAAAGUACUUCCUGUGGGUGGUGAAGUUUAAUUCGCUUAAUCAGUUGGUUGAAUAUCAUCGGACAUCUAGCGUUAGUCGGACCCAAUCAAUCCUCCUGAAAGACAUUGAUUCUCCUUCUGAAAUAAUGAAGGUAAAAGCAUCCUUCGAUUUCGUACCGGAGGAGGAUGGGGAGCUACGCUUCGUAAAGGGCGAUGAGAUCAGUGUGAUAGACAAACAAGACGAAAAUUGGUGGAAGGGUAUUAACCUGAAAGAUGGCCGGGAGGGCAUUUUUCCAUCAACGUAUGUUACUAAAAUGACAUGAGGGAAAUACCGUAACAGUUGCCAGGAAAGGACAAUAAUGAACAUGGUCAAUGGAUUUGAAUGGUCGAAUUAUAAUGGGACAAAGUCACAGACCAGAAUCAGAUUUUAAAUUCUGCUUAUCUCUAUUCAAUCAAAAAGGCGCUGACAUUGCGAGUUCUCUAUUGGUGAGGCUGACAGUACGAUGAUGUUCAUUUCAAACUCCAGGUAAUCCUGGACUAGGACCACUGAUCUUCGAAUUGUGUGCUACUGUGGACUACAUGGACAGGCCUCUCCUCGCACUGUGCGCGUACGUGGGCUGUUGUGACACAUUUCCUGGCUCCAAUUCAGGAAUAUAACCUUUAAAUCUGUGACUUUGUCCGUUGAACAUCGAGUCCUUCCUGGACAUGUACUCAAGAUAUCCCCCCCCCCCCCCCCAGAACGAACUCUGUACCUCAGUCAGUGGUAUUAUUGUGGUUAUUAUACCUAAAAAUUACCAGUUUAUGGGCGCCGCCGGAAAUUGACAAUGGACUUGUCCGAAAUCCGUUGUUGUUGGUCGAAACUGUGCCUUUCAGCCCUCCAAAUUCUUCACCCCUCAAUUUCUACCAGCACACCAAAGAGAGACUUGUCAGUUUUCGCCUGCCCAAAAUAUGUAUAUUAAUUUGAUUCAUUACACUGUCAAUGAGCUAUCCACUAAACUAAAUAUUUUAAAUGUUUUGACCUGAUCGUAUUUGAUACAAGAAAUUGCGAGUGUACAAACAGUGUGCACAUGCAGUGAUCUUGUGGCGAAUCGCAGACUGUAUAAAAACCGGUAUUUAACACUCCAGGCUUUCCGGUCAGAAGGCUGUCGCCUGUAAUGUGAGGCUCUCCUGCGAAAAUUGGGUAUAGGAUACUUGUUAAUUCCUUUAGUAGUGAGUAGAAAGCGAAUCAUGAAAUUUCGCAUAAUUCUUUCUCCAUGAUCUGAGGAGCAUUUCACUUCAAUAAGGCUUCAUAUUACAUUAUUGAUAAUAUUUGUAGCACGUUCACGUGACCCCCCUUCAGACUUCUCUGACAUUUUGCAAUGUAUCUUGAACACGAUGCCUUACCAUGAAUAUGAUCUACUCUGCAUGCAAUCAAUAAAACUGUAGCAUUCUCUAAAA